CCGUACUUUUGACGGGUAGUGUACAUUGUCGAUCUGGGAGUCACCUAUAAUUGAUCGAACAAUCGAUUUGAUUUAUCGGAAUUAACCUUCGCGUACAACCGAUCUCUUUUACAUGCAAAAAAAGCCUAAGAAAAGUAGGCUCUAGGGAGCAAACGCCAUUAAUCCAUUUCUCCCAGAAAUUUUUGUUCAUUCUUCGCCACGAAGAACAAAUAAAAACUCAUACCAUAUGCAAUCACAUCGAUAGGCAACACAAUACUCAACACUGUUCUUCACUUCUCUGCCCGGGACAAUAAAGGACAUGAUCUAUUAUUCUGCAAUCCAGUAAGAGUAAACGCAAUACUAAGCAUCCCCGCACCUAUUGUUUGCGUUUCCGCUAAAUACUAGCAUACUUGGCAACACUGCCGUAAAAAUCAAUCAAGAUAUUUUCACAGGGAUUUUUAUAAGGAGUUGGACCUUCGAAUAUAAAAUAAAAAUACUGAAGUCUGAGCUACCAGUUGCGCGACGAUGCGUAGUAUCUAAUAUUAUCUAAUUCCAAAGGAUAUCAUGAUGAUCAUCAUCAUCAUCAUUAUAUUCCAUAUUUUCAGGUUCAGCUUCUGAAAUUAGCUGUGGGUCAUUGAAUGUAGUUAUAUCGAAAUGACAUUUUCAGCACUGUUGCUUAUAAAUACACUCAUCAAAUGUUUUCCUGAAUAUAUUUUACGUCGAUGUUGCCAAAUGUACUAAACCUAAAUAAAAAAAUACUUUUGGCUUGUUAAUUAGAUUUCAUACUAAUGUUCUAGUAAAAUUAAGAUUUCUACAAUAAAUAUUACAUAUUUGGCAGCACUUCUGUUCAGAUAAUGUUAAAAUAUAUGAAAUUUGUUUAAAAUUGAUGAUCUCAAUGGAUACAUUUUUUUAGUUCAACAGGUUAUGCUAGUCCAUUACGAUAGACUCAUAAUUGAUGAACUGGCAACACUGUAACAUUUUUUUUAUUCCUUUUUAUACUUGAUAUUUUUCAAAUCAACACAACUCGUCUUUAUAUGGCAUCGAACUUUUUUUUUGCGAAAUUUAUAAACUGCACCUGAUUUUAUAUGAUACUUUACAGUAUGCGGCAGGAAAAAAUGCGAAAGUGUUUUUCAACUUCAAACCUCGUUUUCGUCCAUUUGACGUUAACCAAUCUAUGUUUCAACGUUCCAUGAUCUCUAAUAGGCUAGUUUUCUGAAAAGUUAAUUAAAAUUUUUUCCCAUUUUGGUCUCUAACCUGUACAGGGCGGUGCCUGAAGCUGAAGACUAUUACAAAUUUCAAACCGCAGAAAAGUACACCGGUCGCUAAAUUUCGUAUCUGAUAAAACAAAAUGUUCAAUUUUCUCUACAGUAUCAUCAAAUAUAUGUACUUAUUUCAUCUAAUAUGUGAAACUACAUGGCUCUGGAUCAGUGUGGUCUGGUUGUUCAUCAAAUUUAAGCUAAUUUUGUUACUGUUAUAGUCAUUUUGUUUAAUGACCAUUGGGCGCGCAGUUUAUUGAUACCCGCUUAUUAAGCUUACAUUAUCACAUGUUAAACAUCAAAUAUGUUCAUUUUUAUUUUUCAAUGCUAGAAUAUGGAAAUUGAUUGAUACACUGUCAUGAAAAAAAAGUUCAUAUAUAUCCCAUAUUUAGCGUGUAAUAGUGCCUUGAACUUUUCGCAUUUUUUCCUGCCGCACCCUGUAUAUGAAAAAAAUGAAUAUUUUUUCUUAAAAACGCUAUAUCUCAGGAACGACGCAAAUUACCUUGGGGAGUUAAGCUUUUUCGAUAGAAAAACGUCUGAUAAACACGAUGGGAUCAAAAUUUUCAAAAUCAAAAUAUACGUAUUUUGAGAAAAAUCGAUUUUUAGUUUUAAAACUGAAAAAUAUGAUAUCUGGCAACACUGUAUCAAAAAAAUAAUAUUUUUUCUGGAUUCCCUGAACGAUUUCCUUUAAAAAUGCCGAAGGUCGAAAAUGUGUAGGUGCAAUCGUUUCAAUGAUAAAAAUAAAAGAAAGAGAGGAUAAUUUUCUUAUCGGCCAAAACGAGGGGUGCUGCCACGGGCCGAGGGGUGAUCCGAUCGGCACCAAAAUUUGGAUUUUUUCUUUUUCCAUCUAAAAAAAUGUUUCAACCAAAUUUGGUUCAAAUCCGUGAUGGUCGGUUGCAAGUUUUCACAUUUUCUCGGUCACUUCAUAUGGAAUGACCCAAAUAGAAGUUGCCUCAAGCUUUCCCUUCAGGAGUUCUUUUUUUAACUUUAAGAAUUUCAUCUGGAAAUUUUCAUUCAAGACUUUCUUCAGGAAAUCCUGCAACUUAUUCAGGAGUUCCUCCAGGAAUUCCUUAAGGACUUUCUCAAGGAAUACUUACAGAAAUUCUGGUGGAUAUUUCUUCAGGAUUUUCUGCGAAAAUUUUGAAGAAUAUAUCCGAGAAUUCGUUUAAGAGUUCCUUCAGCAUUCUCUUUCGGGCCUUUCUUCAGUAUUUUCUCGAAGUUUUUUGCCAAGAAUUCUUUUAGGAGCUUCUCCAGAAUUUUUCAAUUUUUUUCCCAGAAGCUCCUUUGGAAAUUUCCUUCAGGAGUUCCUUUAGUAUGUUCUGCAUAAAUUUCUCCAGGAAAUCCUUUAGAAGGCUCAUGAGAAUUUUUCUGAAGUUUCUCUGAAAAUCAUUUCAGAAGGUCACCUAGAAAUUCAAGAUUUUACCAGGAAAUUCCUUCUUAAGUUUAAUCGUGAAUUUAUUCAAGUGUUUCUCCGGAUCAUGGUAUUCUAUCCAAUAUCUAUUCAAAAACUAUUUUGAAUUCAUACAAAAUUCUUACAAUCAUUUCCCUAGGAAUACUUCAAUUGAAAGUCGUAGACGAAUUCUUGAAUGAACUCCUGGAGGCACACUUGACGGAACUACUACAGUUAUUCCCGGUGAAACACUCUAGAGGCCUUGAUUGAAAUGUUAGAAAAUUCCAAUGAAACUCCUCGAGAAAUUUACGAUGAAACUCCUACAGGCAUUAUGGAGGAAUUUCCAGUGGAGCUUCUAGAGUGAUUCCCGGUGGAACACCUAGAGGAAUUUCCAGUGGAACACCCUCAACGUUUUGGGUGAUCUGCUAGAGGAAUUUCUUGGUCGUAUUUUGGAGGAAUUGAACCACCUAGGUCGUGGUCCCAAAUGAUAAUCUGGGAAUCCUAUUCGAAUUCUAGCAGGAACCCCUGGUAAACCCGAAUAAAAAUCUAGAGUAAUUACCGAUGGAGCUCUAGGAGGAAUUACUGGUGGAAUACCAAAAGAAAUUCUUGGUGAAACAUCUUAAAGGUACCGGUUAAUCUUCUAGAGCAAUUAUCCAUGGAACAUCUAGGGAAAUUCCCGAUGGAAUUCAUAGAGAAAUCCUGAAGGAAUUCCCAGUGGAAUUCCCUGAGUGAUUCACGGUGGAUCUCCUAGAAGAGUUCCCGCUGGAAUCCGGAUGACCCGAAUGAUCAUAUACAGUCAUUCUCGGAGGAGCUUUUGGAGAAGUUCCUGGUGGUACCCAUAGAGGAAUUCCCAACAGGAUCAGAAUUUCUUAAGAUAUUUAACCCUGCUGCAACGUGCCCGCUACUGAGAACACGUCCUAUAAAUAAGUGUAUUCUUGUAGUACACAAUGUGAUGGGGUGAUCGAAGACGCGACUGUUCCCGGGUUAGUUUAAAAUUUGAACACUUUCUAAAUGAAUUUUGUCUCCUUAUGUUUGACUUGUGCAAUUUUUUUGAAAAUUCAUAUUUUUUACCGUAACGUGUAAUUUAGAUUACUUUGUUUUUUUUCAUCAAUUUUGGACCACCCUGAUGCACAACAUGCUGAAGUCGGAAUAGUGAAUCCCACACGUCGAAGAAAGAAGCAAAAUAUCUCCACUGAAACUGACUGAGAAAGAGUGCAACGGCGAAUGAACCAUAAUGAAGCAAAAAGGAAAACAACGUGAAAAACUCGGGUUACAGUGUGGAAAUCCUAAUGAACUACAUAGCCCUUCUGGUGUGUUGCUGCUAUCCGUGGUGGAACGUGAUUCUUCUCGAACACGGAUCUCGGUCAGGAGUCGAACCAGAGUGACAGCUCCGUCGUGUUAGCCCAGUUUUCCCAGUUACAAGUGAAAUCGUCGAGUGCAGUUUCCCGUUCUUAUUUCGCGUUGUUUUGGUAGUGUAUUCCUAGGACAGAGUGUUGAACCUUGCAGUUGCUGUAGUGUGCUUAGAGUUUAUCUUGUUAGUUGAACCGUUAGUGGACGUCGUCGUGGACAGAUUUCCACGGGAAAAAAGUUCGAAAAUUGAUACCAGUUAGUGGGGUGCCCAUAGAAGCACCUGGUUCCUUUUUCUCUGUGUGUGCGCCUGGAAAAAACAGCGAAGAAAAUUCCUCCUCCCUCCAGUCACUCCAGUGCUACCACCACCCGUCGUCGUCACGUCGUGUUGCUUUCAGUGCCGCCGCUCACUUCUUGCCGUGUACCGUCUCACGGCUAGGAAAAUUCAUCGAGGGAAAACCACGUGCACCAGUGUUUGUGUGUAACUGAAGUGGAUCGGUGUUAGUGGUGCCGCCGAAGUGCUAUCCAGCAGCAAGUGCGUGUGAGCCGUUGUAUUUACACUGAGGUGAAAUAUUUCAAGCCCCAACCAACGUGAGUGAGUGUCCCGUCGUCGACAACACCACCAACAACAACGACGACGACGACGUCAACAUUAUCCUUGGACUUCACGCGAAAAGUGACGGUGGCGGCGGCGACGGCGGCAACAGUGAAGAAUUAGCAGAAGGAGUUUGGUUGUUUUGGAGAAGAUUCUUCACGGUGCUCGAACCACGAAAGCGUAGGCAUUUUGCCAUUAGUCUGAUCGUCUUUUCGGGAGGACCUAGUGUGCUGCACUACUAGCUUUUGGCGGUUGGCGGAAACAGCUGGAAACGAGCAAGGAGAAUAUGGUGACGGCAGCAGCAGCAGUUCGCCGUAUGCAAUAGACUUGUUCCUGACGUCUGGGCAAUGACGUCACAGGCCGUGUACUGCCUCAGCCUGCAGAUACGUCCCCCGGCAGAGGAAGGAUCCAACGUUGUGGCCACAUCUUCCGGUGUAUCCUCAGUCAGCGGCAAUGAGCUCACAAAGGUGGUCACCACUGCUUCCACACCGGUUACCGCCCCCGGGGGAGCCAUCAUCACCGGACUGGACAGCAAAAGCGUCACCCUUUCGGAAGCGGCCACCCGCCAGCUGCAGUCCCAAAUUCAGCUGCAGCAGGUCCAAGCACAAACGGCCCAAGCAGCUCAACCGCAACACAGCAACAUAAUCCUAGUGCGUGGAUCCCGCUCCGAAAAUGGGCAAAUAAUCCUUCAGAACACCCACGAACUGCUGAGUCUGCUGAGCGAUGAGGACAAACCCAUCCUGCUGCAGCAUCAACGGCUGAAAACGAAAACCGUCCCUGAAGUAACGGCAACGGCCACCACCGGAAACACCAUCCUAUUUCAACCGGCGAUCAAAAGCGGCACCGUCGACGGUACCUUCCUGUUGCAAUCCGAUGGAGGUCUCAAGAAAACCGCCCUCACCACAGAAGGUGGCGGUCCGAUCUUCCUCCAGCAACGGCUCAACAAAAACGGUUCCUCCGAGGGGCCGAUUCUGCUUCGCACGCUUAAACGCAUAGAUAAGUCCCAGUCGAUUCUUGUUAUUCGUAAUGCUACAACCACUGCUUCAGCUGCCACUUCGGUCUUGGCUGGCAACACUGCUUCCAAUAGUGCUUCUGCUAGUGCUGCGUCCACCACUACUACCAUAGUUAAGGCCAAACCGAUCCAGAUCCAGCAGCAACAACAGCAGCAGCAUCAGCAGCUGAUUCAACCGGCGACUGCUACUUCGACGACGGCCACGGUCGUUACUGUGAGCUCCGGUGGGGCGUCUAAUGGAGCAGCAGUUGCUGCGGAAGAAGCCAAUUCUAAAAAGGAUGUGUCUCCUGUGGUCAAAGUCGUCCAGAAGCCGAUCAAUAUGCCGCUUGGAACAGAUGGCGAACCGAUCAAACUUCCGGAAAAUUUAGAAAGUUUACCACGGGCUGACCAUUUCCCAACCCAGCGACAUCGGUGGAAUACUAAUGAGGAAAUCGCGGCCAUUCUCAUUAGCUUCGACAAACACUCCGAAUGGCAGUCGAAAGAGGUGAAAACGAGGCCAAAAAGCGGUUCGAUGCUGCUGUAUUCCCGCAAGAAGGUGCGCUACCGACGAGAUGGCUAUUGUUGGAAGAAGCGAAAAGAUGGCAAGACAACCCGUGAGGAUCAUAUGAAGCUCAAGGUUCAGGGUACUGAGUGCAUCUACGGUUGCUAUGUCCACUCGGCCAUUCUCCCGACCUUCCACCGGCGGUGUUACUGGCUGCUUCAAAACCCAGAUAUUGUCCUGGUCCACUAUCUGAACGUGCCCUACCCGGACGACAACAAGAUGGCAGUGAUCACACCCAAUUUAGCCCUCUGGGGCGACAAGAAGGAGUGGACCAAGGAAGAACUCGUCAGCCAACUGAAGCCGAUGUUUUUUCCGGCAGUUUUCAGCGAAGACGAACCGGACGCAACGAACGAGAUCGAGAUCUCGACCGCCGAAACGGUGGAGGCCAUCGUGAGCCAGCUGAUGGAGAAGCAACGGAUGGCCCGGCAAUCGGCACUGGUGAAACAGCUGGAAUGUGGCUGCCCGGACGCGAACUGUGUGGACGGGAAGAGCUGUUCGCAUCCGAUGCGGAGGAUCAGCGCUGCCAAGAGCGGUGACAUGGGCAAGAGGCCAGAAGCUGGUGGGCACAUGGGCGGAACGGCGCCCAAUGUGCUGAUUGGAUCGAGGAUGUACCCCCGUUGGAUCGACAACCGGCGUGCUCGGGAAACCCAACUCCAACAGCAACAGCAGCAAGCCCACAGCAAUGGCAUUCUCCAAGACGGCAACCGAACCUCGCUCGCACCCAAGGACAACACUUCGAUACAUUUCCAAGUCAUUCCUACCUCUCAGCAACUGAACCACUCCAGCAACAAUCCAAAUUCAAUUAGAGCAAUUGCCGGCAAUCACCCCCAUCAUCAUCAACAUCAGCAGCAGCAGCAGAAUCCUUCGUCGGUAGUGGUCAGCAGCAGCAGCAGUAGCAGUAAUUUAACCCUCACCCAGCAUCUCAACUCGUUGAACAGCAAUAACGCUAACUCACAAUUAACAAGUGUCAGUAGUCAUAUUACAAACGGGCUGGUCCAGAAUGGUCAGCAUUUGGCCGCGGCCCAGCAGCAACACCGGAGUCACAUGAUCAUCACUGGCGGCAAUAAUUCGUCCUCCUCUCCGGCGUCGUCCGCGACUUCCGGUGGAUCCUCCUCGGCCAGCAAUCAAUUGACCGCCGCGGCUGGCCGCGACCCCAGCAUAAAUCUCACGGCCGCUACCAAUGGCGAAGCGUCGUCCUCGUCGUCGGCUCAUAUAUCAAUGCUUGGCCAUCAGCAGACCGCGGGGGCACGAGGUUCUACAACGGUGGGUGAUGGUGUCAAUCAGAGGACAUCAUCACAGCAGCAGCAGAGACAAGAUCCUAAUGGCAGUAGCAGCAGCAACAGCAAUGGUGCUAACAAUAGCAAUAAUAAUGGUGUUGGCAGUGGCCAUCAUAAUCACAUUACGGUUAAUAAUGGUGCGGUUAGCAGUGCGUCAAUGGUCAACUCGAACGGCGGUGGUGGAGGGGGAACGCCGUCGCUGGUGCUGAGUUUGUCACAGCUCCAAGGCAACCCCGGAAGCCUGCUGAUUCUGAACGGCCAACAACAACCCUUCGUAUGCCAUCCGUCCCAGCAACAGCAGCAGCAACAACAACAGCACCUACUUCAGCAACAACAAAAAUCACUCUUAGAUGUCAGCGCCAAAAAUGGCCCUCCCAGUGGUAGUAGCAGCAGCAGUGGCGCCAGCAGUAACGGAAGCGCCAACAGCAGUAUCAAAAUGGAAAAUUCACCGUCCGACGGGUCGCAGCACAGCGGCGGCCUAAUCCCGAAGCAAGAGAUCAUGGAGUCGUCCGGAUCGCCUAGUCAGAACCAUCAGCGUUCGACGAAGCAGUUCGAAAGCAUGUUCGGUGGGUACUCGGUACGGCACAGCUCACCGGGUGGAAAUGGACAUCAUGACAAUCUGCCGUUUUUCAACGAGACGCUGGAUUUAUCCCAGGAGGAUAUCCAGAAGACGUUGAGCGCCAAUAUGCCGUUGGGGCAUCACGGGCAUGGGACGGGAGUGGUUGGUGGGGGCGGAAGUCAGUCGCGAGCUCAGACGGAUGAUGCCAUGAAUGGGGAGAUCAAUCCGAUGGAUUUCAUUGAGAAUUGCGGCGAGAGUCACGAUCCGGUGGAUGACGACGUGUUUGUCAACUUGGACGCGUUCGAUAUGCUGGUGGAGUUUCCGGAGUUGGAACUGGAUGCGAAAAGUGCGUUUUUGAAUGGGAGCGAAACGGGAACAGAAACAGGUGGGGACAUCGAUGACGGGGCGAGUGACUUGAGUCACUUCAAGCUGUCGGCGGAUAGUGGGAUUGUUGUGGGGGAUGAGUUGACGGGUAGUCAUCACUCGAACGAGUCUACAAUUACGGACUUCAGUCCGGAGUGGGCUUAUCCAGAGGGUGGCGUUAAGGUGCUAGUAACGGGGCCGUGGAGUUCGGCUUCGUCCUAUACAGUAUUAUUCGAUUCGUUUCCGGUGCCAACGACGCUGGUGCAGAACGGAGUGUUGAGGUGCUACUGUCCAGCACACGAGGUUGGAGUUGUAACGCUGCAGGUUGCCUGCGAUGGCUAUGUGAUAUCGAAUGGAGUCAACUUUGAGUACAAAUCCCCGCCCAAAUUCGAAACGAAGUGUGAAGGUAACGGCAACGACAUGUUGUACAAGUUCAACUUGUUGACAAGGUUGGAAUCGAUCGACGAGAAGCUGCAAAUCAAGAUCGAGCCGGGCGAGUUGCCUGAAGAGUCAGUCCUGUUCAAACAAACGAACUUCGAAGACCGAUUGGUGACUUAUUGUCAAUCGUUGACGGCCAAGAUGUGGCGAUCGGUAACUCCCGGAUCGUGGCUUGGAAAACAUCGUGGUAUGACGCUGCUUCAUCUGGCAUCGGCCUUGGGUUACGCCAAACUGGUUCGCACGAUGCUAACCUGGAAGACAGAGAAUUCGAACGUGAUUCUCGAAGCAGAAAUUGACGCCCUUAGUCAAGAUCAGGAAGGAUUUACGCCCUUGAUGUGGGCCUGCUCGCGAGGUCACACCGAAACGGCGCUAGUCCUGUACAAGUGGAAUCAGAAUGCACUGAACGUCAAGAACUGUGUCCUCGAAAGUCCGCUUGAAGUAGCUAAGAAUAGAGGAUUCACUGCUUUAGCUGCAGAACUUGAGAAGCAUGAGCUACAGCGAAAACAAAUCAAACUAUCUCUUGCACCGACCAGUGCUUCGUUGUCAACUUUGACCUCCAUUCCUUCGUCCUAUUCAACUUCUUCCACAUCUAUUUUAUCUACUUUGGCUUCCAGUGCUACGUCUGAUUCUUCGUCUGUUCCUUCUUCUUCCGCUUCUUUAACGAAUCCUUCCACAACUCUAGCUAACAGUAAUAGUAGAAGAAGUAGUGACAAUGGUCGCCGAGCUAGUUGUAGAUCUUCAACCGCCGAAUCGGCCCUUGAUAAUAGCAAUAGUAACGAUAUCGAGAAUAACAAUCAUCCGGAUGUCAGCCCGGAGCACAACUUUAUCAACGAUCUGUUCAACUACAAUGAUGCCCUGAAUAGUAGCAACAGUGACAGUUGCAGCAACGACAACUUCGCUCUCUCGUCCUCGUACAACCCAUCCCUAUCUCCGGCGGCACUGUCGCCGUACAACGACUUGAAGGGAUCCGGGCAAGCUGGUUUACAGUCGACGACAAGCGGAGCUCUGCACUACGCGCUGGAGAAUAACAACUCCAACCCAAUGUUGUCAAAUGCUCUGUCGCCGAACUCCGAUAGCAACCGAAGUCACGAUGGGGUAUUCCUUCGGCCAGGAGCAGUAUUUUCUAGUGGUCAAAGUCCACCGGGAGCUCGCCUGUCCAAACGAUCGUCUGUCGACAGCGGAAUCAACAUGGAAACGCGUUCCAUGAGCAAGUCUGGAAAAUCUCUGCGAGAUAAUCAACGCAUGAACAGAACCGAUCGUAGCAUGUCGCUUCCGCUGGCUUCCGGCUCAUCGGGUGGCUUCUCAUCGUCCUUCGGGGGAUCGUCCAACAACAAUGGCACCAGCAGCAACACCAAAUCAUCCAACGCCGGUAACGGUGGAGCUUCCAACAAUUCCGACUCGGACAACUUCUCGCUCUCGUUAAACGACCGAACAACGGAGUCACCCUCGCAAGCUUCCAGCAACUUGAGCAACAGUUCGCUACUGUCGCCGCUGCGCAAAAUGGACUUUGCCUUGUGUGAAGUCUCGGCGGCCGCCGGCAGUCCCAUGUGCGAGGACACCGAUUCGCUGCAGGAGGAUGAACGACACUCAUCAUCGAAUGCAGCAGCAGCGGUAAUGACCUCGAGGGGUUCCUCGUCCUCGUCAUCGUCGACAUCGGCUGCGGUGGCUAUGGCCGAAGCUCUGAUUGGAGGAUCCGCGGGAUCUUUUGGAAGCGGUCAGGGCCAUGGAAUGCAUCAUCUGUUGCAUCACGGAGGGCCGCACUCGUAUCAACAACUUCAGCAGCAACAACAGCAACAAUCGCAGCAGUUGCACCUUCAGGAUGCCGGAGGAGAAUUGAUGGUUACCUGCGGUGGUGGGGGAACUGGCGGGGCAACAGUAGGGGAGUCCGAUGUUAAGGUUCUAACGCUAGCAGAACAGAUAAUAGCUGCAAUGCCAGAGCGAAUAAAGAACGAAUCCGAGGAAAUCAUGUCCCAGGGUAGCCCAAUGCCGGAAACGUUAAGCGAGGAUUCCUCCGGAAUGGGAAUCUUGACCGAUUCUUUCAUGGAGCCUCUACUUGAUCCGCUGUCGUCGUCCCAGUUGGAAGAAUUCAACUUCGAGUACAGCGAUCACAAUUAUCGUUACCAUGACGUCGGAACUCCUUGCUCCAGUCUCAGUCCGGCCUCUUCCGGUCCACUGCAGUCACCGGCCAGCUAUUCCAUUCCGCAGGAUCAACCCGUGGGCUCACCCAGUCCACCACCAACCACGCAGGACUUCACCGAGUUCCUACAGACAACCAACUCGAAUCCGUUCGAGAAGGAUUUCUCCAACCUUAAACUGACAGAUCGCGAACAACGCGAACUGUACGAAGCGGCCAAGUGCAUCCAGAAGGCGUACCGCUCGUACAAGGGUCGCAAAAGUCGCAUGGAAGAGCAGGACAAGGAACGCUCGGCAGCGGUUGUCAUCCAGAACUACUACCGCCGGUACAAACAGUACGCCUACUACCGGCAAAUGACCCAGGCAGCGGUCAUCAUCCAAAACGGGUACCGAUCGUACUGUGAGAACAAACGGUUCAAGAAAUCUCAAUCCGGCAACCUGUCCGGUCAGUUGGGUGGCAUCGGUGGCGCAGCGGAAAGUGCCGAAGAAGCAGCAUCUUCAUCCCAGUGCAUACAGAGCUAUUACAAAAGUUACAAGAACGAACAGCAGCAACAACAACAGAAGUCACCCCAACAACAGCAGCAGAACAAUCAGGGUUCGCCCAAGGAACCGAGCCCGUCCGGUCCACUGAAACGAACUUAUUCGCAACGAACUCAGAAUCAAGCGGCCAGGAAAAUUCAGCAAUUCAUGAGACAAUCUAAAAACAAUACCUGGGAUGAGCAAAUGACAAACUUGGCUGCAGAGAGAACGAGCCGAAAAAGAGAGGCAGGUCCACCAACGCAGGGCGGAGUACCUCCAAAGCUUGCAGUAUCACGGGGCACCGGGAGCACCCGAGGCUCCGCCUACCAGCGAUCCAAAGUGAACUAAAGGGCAGAUGCUGCAGUGUGAAGAAGGAGGAGAAAAAAGGUCAAAAACUGGGUGAGAAAGAAGCAGGGAAUGGCCGCAUUUGCGUUUAACACGAGUGAGAAUUAUUUUGCUUUUGUUCUGAUCGUUUUGUUGAGUAUUGCUCAAAAGCGAAGCUGUUUUUGUUAACGCGUAAUCUUAAGGGCUUGUUCACAAAUGUCAUAACGCUGGAGAGGGUAGGUGGGUGUCAGUCAUGGUGUUACAGCCCGAACAAAUAAAAAUUUUCCACAUAUAAAUAGUGUUAUGAAGGGGUGGGUGGGUGUCAGGAAAAGCCAAUUUUGGCGUUAUGAAAUUUUGUGAAUGAACCCUAAGUGGCAUUCGAUGUUUGUUUCAAAAUCGGGAAAAAAAAAUUUAAAGUUUAAAUACGCAUAGGAAGGUUUAGUUGUAUCUGUUGUUCAAAUUCGUGAGAGACUCACUGUUUUCUUAUUAGACUUUGCGAGACAUUUCACGCUUGCAAGCUUGCGUGCAAUAUAGCAUUCAACCAUAACUUGCGCGCAUAUAAUUUUGCUUUGGUCGACGUGCGUAAGGUGAAUAACGUAAAGGGUAAAAUCAACAAUCGCGGCAAUUGACUAAACUAAAUCAGAUACCUGACUCUUUUUGAUACAAAACGAGAAGUGAACUACUGAAGAUGUUACAACAACAAGCUGAAGAAUACUUGAAUUAAAAACAUGAGCAAAUUGUGAUUAUUGUUUCAGGUAGGUAUUUCCUAACCUACGACAGCGUAGAGGAGCUACAACCGAAAAGGUUGAGUAGAUCAUGCAUAGGUGAUUAAAAGGGGAAGAAUUUAUUGUAAAAACACAAAAUUUAAAGCAGAUAUUUUUACUUACGGUAGUCAAUGAGAACUCUUAAGCAAAUCAGCAAAGGAUUAUUUAUAGAAAAAGAAACAGAGAAUUAGAGAGAUGAACUUUUAUUAUUGCAAAAAAUUGACCGAGUAAAGUCAAGUAAACUGGUAGAAAAAGAAAAGAGUAGAGACCACCAAACUAAGCAAAGCGGAAAAUAUUUAAGUGUGAAAUCGAUGGCUACUGCUAGCGGUUGGAGUUGGGUGGAAAAACUUGAUCUUACGACAAGGUCGUAAGGCGUUGAUUGCAGAAAAAAUAGAUGGUGACCGUGGCUUAAAUCAGCCACAGCUUGGAAAAGAGAAAGACGUGAUAAAAGAGAGUACUGCAAACACGCGUAAAUCUCCGAUUAAUCUAUUUGUGAGUAGGCACUCUCGUGUUGUAUAUAGAUGAUUGACGAAUCGUUAGACGAAUGUUUAGGACCUAAGAGAAACAAAGAAGUUAUUUCACCUAAUGGAAGAACUCUUUUUAGUUUUCUAUUUGAUUGUUGAUUUUGUUGUUCUUGAAGAAGUAUAUUAUCGUAGGAAAGUAAUGAAUACUGCUACCGUUUAUCUCUUUAUAGAUGAGAACAGUAAUUCGAGCGAAAUAUUGAUGAAUUUUGAGCAUUACGCUUUAAACCAAUGCGCUAAACCUAUUCUAGGGAUUCAUGAAAAACGCAAAACACACAUAGAUACAUACAGAAUAAAGAGAAAAAGAAAACGGUGAUUUAUUUACUUUUAGUAGAAGACGAGCGUCCAUCUUAUGACUUUGAAGACUUGUGAGAGAUUAAAAGAUGCAAAACAAAAUCACUACGACUAAUCGCAAAACUGAGGAACACAGCAAAAGUUCAUCAAUAUUUCUCAGAAAACAGAAAAAGUUAUAUAUGAAAUUUAAGAUGCAUACAGUUUACUAAAACAAAACACAUCCAUUUUAUUCUAAGAUAUUUAAGGAAAACAAAAUCUACCACGCAUUAAAAACAUCAACUACUACUACAACUACUACCACAACUACGUUAGAGGAACUUUGAUAGAUGACAAAUGAUAGUUUGAGCCGUAAUUUUUGAGGAAAUCUCUUUAAAACAAGAAGAAUAAAAGUAAUCGAAACGCAUAAUCUUUAAUCAAAAUCAAUUGUGUGAAAAUAAAAUUAACUGCGGCAACAAGCCAUACAAGUAUAUGAACAUCACUACAUUAACUCAAUCUUGUGUGAUGUUGUGUAGAUUUUUUUUUUCGGUAGUAUUCUGCAGUUACGAAUAUUUUUUUGGAAUUUGUGUGCUCUUCUGUAUUUAAAUCGCAUAACAAAAGAAAAGCCUGUAUUAAGACCCAAAAUACUUGGAGUUUUUGAUGAUACAUACCAGUCAAAAAUUGACAAAGUUUUGAGAAUUAAGACAAAAGUCAUAUUCAAUUACCCAAAAACCCUAUUUCAAGGCGCUUGCAUCACCUUUAAAUAUCAUUGGUUCUGGCCGAAACUCGGGUGCUCUUUUUAUGUAAUUUGAAUUUAGAAAACAAAGGAUUCAAAUCUUAUUGACAAUUAAAAAAAUCCGCACCCUAAUGUUGAUUCAGCUGGUUUUACUUUCACAGUGUUUUGAUCUCUAUCCGUCAUUAUAGUGACCUCAAAUGUGUUGGAUGUAUCUGUCAAGCGAUAAACAAAUAUUUCAAUUGUUGGAUUUCAGUUUCAGUCUGCCUGCUCAGUGAAGUAAUAUUGUUUUUAUUGCCAUUUUUAAACAGAAUACUAAUUUCAAUCAGAUUUCUCAUAAAACAUAACUGAGCUUUUAUAGGAAAAUGUCGACAAUGUAAAUCAAAACCUCCUUGUAUAGAAAAUACCCAAAUUAAACCUUUCUCUUCAAUCUUGUAUAUCAACUACAUUCAGGAAACCCGAUUUUUAGGGCAGGACAGAAAAAAUAUAAAAAAAUACUGUAAAACAACAUACAUUGGCAGGUCCAACAUAAAUUCCAACUACAAGAUGAGAAUUUUCCACAGCACUCGUUGAUUAGAACAAAAUCUAAAAUCAUUAAGAUCAAAGCUUUAAACCGCAAAAAAAAAACGUGAAAAAUUAUCACACCAACUACUAAUUAAUUCAAAAUUCAGCACACAAGCGUUCACCAACUAACACUGAAUCACACAGUUUCUCUCGAAAAAACAAAACCCUAUUCCAAUCCAAAACAAUGGCAGAUCUGUUGCGCUGCCCCUACUACUACUACUGAACAAAAAACAAACGAACAAAAAUCUUAUUUCUUCCAUUUUCCGAUUCUCAAUACUGUACUGUAGUAAUUUUUGAAAAACGCGAAACAGACUAACACACACAACACACUCACACAUGCAAACACGUAAGGUGGAUUUUAACGAUCCCCCGUUUAGGUUACUCGUUUAGUCACAAUUUCGUUAAUCGUUGUUAUCUUUAUGAUAUUUCGUUGCUAAUUUUUGCUUCUCUUGUUUGUACACCAUUUGAGUCGAUGUAAUCGAUAGUAAGCGCGUAAACGCUGUUCAUCGUUAGUUUUACUUUAUGCUACGCCUUAUUUAGUGUAAGUUUUCCAAGCGGUGCCACCUGGUGCUGCUCUAAUGAUAGUCAAUAAAUUGUUGUUACUUUUGCAGCCGCGCAUAUUUCUAAUGUAA